AAAGGAAAUAGAAAAGGAGUGUGAGUAUAAGCAAUGAAAGGUGGUGAUGAAGUUAUAGGAGCAAUCAAGAGGAACUGUUGUUGUUAUUGUUGGUUUAUUAUUAUUGUUUAUGGACAUGGAUUUUCACUUUUAUUAUUAUUAUUAUUAAUGUUUGAUUGAUUUUUGUUCUUUCUUUCUUUUCAAUUCUUAUUUUUUUUUCUUUUUCAAUCUCCACGAAGAUAAUGAACAUGUUUCCAAUUCUGCACUAUCAAGAAAUUUUUGGUUAUAAAGAAGAGAUAAACACAAAUAGAAAUAGAAAAAAGAAAACAAGUUUGAUGAUUACCCUAAUUUAGAUUCUGCUGCUGCUUUGGUUCUCGGUUUCUCCUUCUUCUUCUUUCUGGAUUUUUAGGGUUUGAUCGAUGAAGGACGAGGCUGCUUCAGAUGGAGAUGAUAACAACGAUACCCAGAAGAGGGAUGAUGAUGGGGGUGGUGGUGAUAAUAGCAAACUUGGGAAUUCCAGUGAGGGUCAGAGCAAGCCAAAGCGUCAGAUGAAGACCCCUUUUCAGCUUGAAAAUCUCGAGAAAGCUUAUGCUUCGGAGAUGUACCCAUCAGAGGCUGUGAGGGUAGAGCUGUCGGAAAAAUUGGGGCUGACGGAUCGGCAGUUGCAGAUGUGGUUCUGUCACCGGCGGUUGAAAGACAAGAAGGACUUGCCGCCCAAGAAGCCGCUGAAGGCACCACCUUUGCUAGCUUCUCCCACGGAUGACCUGAGAUUGGGCUCAGAACCUGGAAAUGAUUAUGGAUCCGGGUCGGGUUCUGGAUCCAGCCCGCCUUCCCGGUCGGAGUUGAGGAAUGCGGUGCCGGUCCGGGCUGUUCCGGGGUACUAUGAGUCGCCGCAGACUAUUAUGGAGCUUAGAGCAAUUGCUUGUGUGGAGGCACAGUUAGGGGAGCCUCUGAGGGAAGAUGGACCCAUUUUAGGAGUGGAGUUUGAUCCUUUGCCACCGGAUGCAUUCGGGGCACCUAUAGCUGUUGCAGAACAACAGAAGCGGCCUAAUCUUGCUUAUGACAGUAAAAUAUACGAUAGACAUGAUGUUAGAACUAAUAAGGCUCCAUUCCAGGCAAUGGCAAGGACAUUCCCUGAAUACUCAUUUCUUCCAACGCACCAGCCUGGCAUUAGAUCUGAUGCUUUUGGGCAAUUGAGCCAACCUCAUUUGUAUAGUCCAAUGGAGGGUCCUACCAGAACUCCUUCUUUUCCCCCCGGAAAUGAACAUCUACCCAGAAUUCAUGCUACUCAAAGUCAUUCUUCUCGUGUGAAAGAGGAACAUGAUGCAUAUACCCAAAGUCAGUCUUCUCGUGUUCGCCUUUCGUCUCCACAGGAGAAGCAAGGGUUUUCCUAUCCAUCUCCUCCUCGUGACAGCAAUGUUGCCCCUAAAAGGGAACCUCCCACGAACAUGGCUGACACUGGAAUGAACUCCAACUUUAGUGAUCACCCAAUUGUUGGACAAGAAAAUCCUGGUGGAGAAGUUUCCCAUAAUGAUUCAAUAUUGCGGAUGGAGAAGAAACGAAAGGCUGAUGAUACCAAAGGUUCAAGGGACGUUGAAGCGUCUGAAAUGAAGACGCGGAAGGAGCUUGAGAAACAAGAUAACCUUAGACGCAAGAACGAAGAGCGGUUGAGGAAAGAAAUGGAAAAACAAGACCGUGAAAGAAGGAAGGAAGAAGAGAGACAGAUGCGUGAGAGACAGCGAGAAGAGGAAAGAUCUAAGCGUGAACAGAGACGCGAGGUGGAGCGAAAGGAAAAGUUUUUGCAGAAAGAAAGUUUGAGAGCUGAGAAAAGGAGGCAAAAAGAAGAGCUUCGCAAAGAGAAAGAGGCAGAGAGAAGGAAAGCUGCCCUUGAAAAAGCAAAUGCUCGUAGAAUAGCUAAAGAGUCCAUGGAGCUUAUUGAGGAUGAGCAGCUGGAAUUGAUGGAGUUGGCUGCCGCAAGCAAGGGAUUUUCCUCUAUUAUCCACAUUGAUCUUAAUACUUUGCAAAACCUUGAAUCAUUUAGGGAUUCAUUGUGUGUUUUCCCACCUACGAGUGUAAAGCUAAAAAAACCAUUUGCUGUCCAACCUUGGUCCAACUCAGAACAAAAUGUUGGUAACCUUCUCAUGGCUUGGAGAUUCUUGAUUACAUUUGCUGAUGUUCUUGAGUUAUGGCCUUUUACUCUUGAUGAGUUUGUACAAGCAUUUCAUGACUAUGAUUCAAGAUUGUUGGGUGAGGUGCAUGUUGCUCUUCUUAAAGUGAUAAUAAAAGAUAUUGAAGAUGUUGCAAGGACGCCUUCUACUGGAUUAGGAACGAAUCAGAAUGGAGCUGCUAAUCCUGGUGGUGGCCAUCCAGAGAUUGUGGAAGGAGCAUAUGCAUGGGGCUUUGACAUAAGAAAUUGGCAGAAGAACUUGAAUCAAUUGACAUGGCCAGAGAUUUUCCGACAGUUAGCACUAUCUGCAGGAUUUGGACCGCAGCUGAAGAAAAGAAGUAUUACGUGGUCAUAUGCAAAUGAUAAAGAUGAGGGAAGAAAUAGUGAAGACAUCAUUUCUAAACUUCGUAAUGGUUCAGCAGCUGAAAGUGCAGUAGCAAAAAUGCAAGAGAAAGGUCUAUUAGCUCCUCGAAGAUCGAGGCACCGCUUAACUCCUGGAACAGUUAAAUUUGCAGCAUUUCACGUUCUCUCACUGGAGGGUAGCAAGGGUUUGACAGUACUAGAGCUCGCAGAAAAAAUUCAGAAAUCUGGUCUCCGGGACCUGACAACCAGCAAGACACCUGAAGCAUCAAUUUCUGUUGCUUUGACCAGAGAUACUAAGCUUUUUGAAAGAAUAGCUCCAUCAACGUAUCGUGUACGAUCCGCAUAUAGAAAGGAUCCUGCUGAUUCUGAAUCCAUUCUUUCAGAAGCAAGAAAGAAAAUUCAGAUAUUUGAAAAUGGUUUUCUAGCUGGUGAAGAUGCCGAGGACGUUGAAAGAGAAGAGGAGUCAGAAAGUGAUGAAGCUGAUGAGGAUCUUGAAGACGGUGAUUUAGUAAUUCCCUCUAGUGCAAACCAAAAAUCAGAACAGUAUGAUGACACAAACAUUUGCCCAUCAAAUGGAAAAGAAAAUUUGGGACAUGAUGUAGAUCUUAUUCAAAAUGAAUUUGAUACAGAUCUGCCUUGUUUUCCUGAGAAUGGUUCCAAGGGUGCUGAUUGUCCUAGUUCUGUCACUGGACAACCUAUUGCUAGCGAAGGUUUAAAUACAGGGAAUCUUGAUGAGGAUAAUAUGGAAAUUGAUGAAAGCAAAUCGGGAGAAUCCUGGGUUCAAGGGCUUACCGAUGGAGAAUAUUCUGAUCUCGGUGUAGAAGAGCGUCUCAAUGCUCUUGUUGCAUUGGUUGGUCUGGCCAAUGAAGGAAAUUCAAUCCGUGUUGUUCUUGAGGAUCGAUUGGAAGCAGCAAAUGCUCUGAAGAAGCAAAUGUGGGCAGAUGCACAGACAGAUAAAGUUCGUUUGAAAGAUGAUAAUAUUAGUAAAUCAGAUUUGGCAUCACAUAUUGGGAAUAAAGUUGAAGCGCAAUAUACAUAUCCUGCGGUGGAGAGCAACCAAAGCCCAUUGCUUGACAUUAAUAUUAACAAUAUUAACAAUGAAGCGUCUCCUGGCACUGCAGACAAGCAGAAAGGAGCUUCCAUUGCACAGAGCCUACCUAGUGAAAAGUCCUCAUUAGUUCAAGAUUUCUGCCCAGGCACAGGUCCAGACAACCCUCAGAUUCAGGUACCUGUGCAAUGUUCAAAAAGGUCGCGUUCGCAGUUGAAAUCCUAUAUUGCCCACAAAGCAGAGGAGACGUGUGUCUACAGGUCUCUACCCCUUGGCCAAGAUCGCAGACGUAAUAGAUACUGGCAGUUUGCUGCAUCUGCUUCUAGCAACGAUCCUGGUUCUGGCAGGAUCUUCGUUGAACAGCAUGAUGGCAAUUGGAGGCUUAUUGACUCUGGAGAGGCCUUUGACAAUCUUUUGACAUCUUUAGAUUCACGUGGGAUUAGGGAAUCACACUUGCACUUGAUGUUGCAAAAGAUUGAGAAGUCCUUUAAAGAAAAUGUACUAAAAAAUACACCCAUAAUUGGAGGCAGCGAUGAAGUUUCGAUUGAAAAGGAAGCUAAAGAAACACAUCUCAUCCCUGAUCGCCAUGACAGUUCUAGCAGUGCACUUCAUGGCCUGAACCCUGAUAUAUCUGAAACUUCUUUAUCCUUCAAAAUUGAGCUAGCCAAAAGUGAGAGUGAGAAGAAAGCUGCCUUGAGAAGGUAUCAAGAUUUUCAAAAGUGGAUGUGGAAAGAGUGCUAUAAUUCAUCAAUUUUAUGUGCAACGAAAUAUGGUAUAAAGAGAUGCAAAGCUCUGGUGGACAUUUGUGAUAUCUGCCUCGAUCCUUAUUUUGUUGAAGAUUCCCAUUGCAAUUCCUGCCACAGGACUUUUUCCUCAAAUAUUGGAUUUAAUUUUUCAAAACAUGCAUUUCAAUGUGGAGACGAGUUAUCCAAAGAUAUUUGUAUUUUGGAAAAUUCGCUCCCACUGCGUACAAGAUUGCUUAAGGUCUUGUUGGCUUGUAUGGAGGCAUCUGUUCUCUCUGAAGGAUUUGGAACAAAUUGGACUAACGAUAUUAGGAAGCAAUGGGGUGUGAAGUUGAGUAAAUCGUCUUCUGUUGAGGAACUUUGGCAGAUAUUGGUCAUAUUUGAAAGAGCACUACGGCGUGAUUUUCUGUCUUCAAACUUCUCAACAACAGAUGAAUUGUUGGGAUCGACAAGCAUAUCACAAAGUUCUGCACAUGCCACUACUGAUCCUGAAUCAGUCGCUGUACUUCCAUGGGUUCCACAAACCACUGCAGCUUUGUCUCUCAGACUCUUUGAGUUUGAUUCAUCCAUCAGCUACGUGAAGCUUGAGAAAGUUGAGCCUUGUGAGGAAAAAGAUGGGAACGUAUGCACAAAGCUUCCAUCAAGAUAUACUCCCUUCAAAUCUAAUAGGGAGAUUGAACCAGCAGAAUUUGACAGUGUUGAACUUCCUAGAGAUAAAUCUGCUCCUAAUAAAAUUGCACGAGGUGGGUAUAAACGUGGACGAGGGACUAGUGAUCAAGGACGGGGUAAAAAGCUGGCUAAAAGAAUGUACAAUUCCAAACGAGGUACUGGCCGCCGAAAUGCUGUGGUCACUGACAAUCUAAGUCAGAAAUUAAAACAUCUGGGACGAACACAAGGACAAAGUGGUGGACGAGGUCGCCGAACAGUCAGGAAACGAAGAGUAGAGAAGAGAGCUGUUGAAGAUUUGUUAGUAGGCCACACAGCCGCCAGUCAUAGCUUCAAGAGUGGUGGAGAACCAUUGAGAAGCUUGGAUGAAGAAUGGAAUGGAGAAAAGGCAAGUCCCAUGACUCCUGUGCACAUUGGGGUUCCUGAGAUUAGUAACAGUGCUGAGGAAGUGGAAUCUGAUGAAAAUGCUCAAGCAGUGGAAUAUGAUCAAGGGAACUGGGAGAUAAGUUAUAAUGGUGUCCCCUCUAACAGAUGGAUUAGGGAGGAUUUGGUUGGAAUGAGUGAUGAGGAUGUGGAUGCUUUUGAAGAUGACAAUGUCAUUGAAGAGAAUGAGGAGGAGGAUUUGGAAGGAGAUGUUAUGAGUGAUGAUGGUUCAGAUGGCAUGGCAAAUAGAGUAGCAAAUGGAGGAGUUUCAGAUUCUGAAGAUUCUUCUGAUUAGAAUAUCCAUUUAUAAUUUGAUCAAUGAAGGGAUUUUGUUUGCAUCUGAAGACUGCAUUACUUUUUUGAUAUUGCAGCUUUACAAAUACUCACAGCUGGAGGGUUAAUGGUUAAGUAGAUUUAGUGUAUAUUAUCCAUGCAAAAUGGACCAUGUAUAAGCUUCUUUAAGUUGAGGGCUUUGUAGCCAACCUCAUCUUUAAUUUUGUUUUGUUUUUGUUUUCCCCCCUCCCUUGUAAUAGAUGCUCAUCCAUUAAUAAACGUUUAUUAUACCUUGCUUA